AUGAAACUGAAACCUAGAGGCAUUCCUUUAGGUUCAACUCAAAUACUUGGUAACAAUCUAAGAGCGGAUAAACUGGUACGACCACACAUACCAAUAAGAUCUCACAUAUCAAACCUUUACAAUGAAUCCAAGGUUCAUGUGGUCUCUACAGAUUUCGAACGUAAUAAUCUAACCGAUAACUCGGUGUUAGAACGAAUGCAAUGUAAUCAUGGACUUGUAGCUGCCAUCCUUCAAGCAUAUAAUGGUCAUCAACAUUUAUGCUUAAGUCCUGAUGAUAUAUGGUUGGUUAUAGUCCAAGGCGUUUGUCAUCACAUAAAGCUCAACCCCGGGACAAGUCGUAACAGUUUCAUUAAACCUAAAGAAAUUGAUAUCUAUACAGAAACCGUUUUAAGCGUUGACCCGGAAACAAAAUGUCUCGUUGGAAAUUGGCCUAAUUGUAUUAGUCAGCUUGUGAAAGCGGCUGAUAAACAAAUGAAGAGGACUAAUUUACCAUCUUUAUUACAAUGUAAUUUUUCUACUACUACCACGAGUUCCGUGAUCGCCAGCCGACUUGCAUUAUUAGAUAACACCAAAAAUAGCUGUUCUUAUAACCUUGGAAUUUUUUGUGGAAUUCCUAAAGUUACUUUAAAAGGAUCAUCGGAUGAUUGGGUUCUUAUUCAAAAAAAAUUGGAUGCUCUUCGUCCUCUCUUUCCAGAAUUAGACUUUUGGUUUAAUCGUGUAGGAAAAGUCGUAUCAAAAUUAAUUGAAACUUAUAAUGGUGAAGUUGAUCAAAAAUUCUGGAAAUCAAUUGCAAAAGAAGAGUAUGGUUGCGGUGGUCCCCCCGAAUUAACUGGUUGGGUAACUUCAUUUUUCCCUUAUGAUAGCUCAGGUGAGAUUGUUAAGAAAUGGUUGGAUGAAUCUCUGUUACCCAGCGGAAGAGUUACUAUUCCAUUUAAAGUUGAAAGUGGUGAGAGAAAGAAAUUCAUCUCCGGAUUUUUAGCUGUACAUCAAGAAGUUCUUAAAGAAUCGGAUGAUGAAGUCGUGGUUAAUCCAGUAAUUGGGUGGGCGGUUAUCGAUGAUGAAACAUCUCCGUCUGAAAAUCCAGAAAUUGUUCGACAACGACAACAACAAUUCUGUCUCGCUUACCACCUUUUCGUAGAACUCGUAAGUAUAUCAUCAUAUAAUCUUGUGAAAAACUUUUUCCAUUAUGCAUUUUUUCAAAAUUCCCUUCUUUUUACUCUUCGGAAUUGUUUUUCUAUUAUUUAUAUUUCAAUUGUUAACGCUCAUGAAGACUCUAAUGAUAGUGACCUCGAAUCUAAUGUUGAAAAUUCCGAUUCUGUCGAUUUUACUGAUGGAAAUAGCUAUUUAGAUGCUGACAUUUAUCCUUCGAAUGAUAUAAACGAAUCUCUUGAGAAGGAUAAUGUAGACAAACGAGGUCGGGAGGUCAACGAGGUAAACGAGGUUCAACGAGAGAUGGGUCAACAAGAUUAUGGAAUGAGUCAACGAGGUUCCAGAAUGGAUCAAUGA